CUAGUGGGUUCUUUCAGGAAUUUCAGGAUGCAUGAGGGAUUACAGGAAUUAUUGGCAAAAUGCAAAUUGCAUGAAGAAUCUGUGGAAUUCCUGAAAGAAGUCUGCUCUGAUGGACCGGGGAAAUUCGAAUCUAUGACUGUAGAAGAGAUGAGACAAACAUCACUGGACUGGUCCAAAAAAUAUGGGGGCGAAGUGGAGUUCGAAGGCAAUGUUAAAGAAUUUAAAGUUCCAUCUUUUGCUUCCUCAGAUGGUAUAAUGGUAUCAGUUUAUAAACCAAGUCCUUGUAAACCCCGAACACCAAUUAUAGUAUAUUUUCAUGGUGGAAAAUUUGUAGCAGGCUCCAGACAAACUGAUGAUGAAAUUAUCAAAAUCCUGGCAAGAGACAGUGAAUGUAUCUUUGUUAAUGUUGAAUAUCGACUGUCACCAGAACACAAGUUUCCUGCUGCAUUUGAUGAUGCUAAAUGUGUAAUGAGAUGGGUCAUUAUGAAUAAAUCAUUAAUAGGUGGUGUUAAUGAUAGUAAAGUAGGUGUAUUAGGUGUAGAUUGUGGUGGAACUGUGGCUGCUACUGUCUGUCACGAAGUUCCUAGUAUAGCAUUCCAGAUUUUGGUAUAUCCAAUAUUAGAUUUGAGAUUUAGUCAACCAAGCUGUCAGGAAUAUUCCAACAGUCCUUUGUUGAAUAAAUUGCUAGAACAGUUUAGUAAUAUGUUUUUAAAUGAGAACACAGAAAGUGAGAAUGUAAGAGCCUCCCCGUUGUUACGUCAAAAUUUCUCUAAUCUACCACCAGCUCUGUUUAUACUAGCUGAUAAUGAUCCAAUAAAAGAUCAAGGUUAUGAAUAUAAAAGAUUAAUGAAGGAAUGUAAUAUUGAUGCUGAUAGUCUGUUAAUUAAAGGUUCCAUUCAUGGCUUCUUCACCUUACCAGGUCAUUUUAAAGAACUUGGUAGUAGAGCUCAAGAAAAAACAUUGUCUUUUAUCAAGAAGAGAGGAACUUCAUGAAGUUCUUCAGAUACAUAACACUAUUUGAUCAAGAUCAUAUUUUUUGAAGUAUAUUCUUGCCACCAUACUUCAUUUUUCUUUCUAAGGCUUCUUAGAUUACUUUAUAGUCACAGCUUAUUUCAUUGAUAAUAGCUUUAUAAGGCACUUAAAUAAAAAAAAAAGAACAUUUGAAAUCAGAGCUUUUUGCUACUUUAAAAUCAAAUAUUUUACACAAGUUUUUUACAUUGCCUAUCAAUUUUUAAAGCUCAAGAGUGAAAAUCUACCUUUAAACUAUUUUUGGAUGUUUUUAAGAGUCAUACAUAUUACUGCCAAAUCGGUUUGAUUGAAAAUGAAAUUUCAAAAGCUUUGUUAAUCUUAAGGUAUUAAUUCAACUGAAGAAGGGUCCUCAAUAAAAAAAAAAUGCAUUUAUAUUUACGUAACUUCUUCUUAAAAGGUCACAUUAAAUUCUUGAGAUAUGUAUCAUUUUAUUUUUCUCAUUGUGAUUUCAGUGUAACGUUGUUUCCCUU